GCUUGACUAUGGUGUACGUGAAAUUAUAAUAACUUUGUUCUAAAGCCAUCACCACCAUUCACCACUACCAUACCCAAUAUAACUAACCCAUUUUCAUAUCAUCUAUAUAUAUUAUUAUUAGUUUUGGUUUUAUAUUUGUCUCCAUUUCACUUGCUUUUUAUUAUAUAAAUAUUUAAUCUUUUUUGGUUUGUUGCUUAAUUGGUGGGUUUUUGAUGAAGAAAUGAGAGAUAGAAUGGAGAGGCUUGUUCUUUUUCCUUUCUCAAUUGGUUGUGUUUCUGAAUCCAGUGUGGCUUUAGGUGGUCAUGUACACAAUUCAAGAAAGGCCAUUAAGUCUAAUAAUAAUAAUAAUCCUUCAUCUCCAACAAGGGCGAAAGAAGACGACGAGGAAAGCUUUUCGAGUAGUGAAAGUGUGAAGAGCGCAAUGAAGUUUUUCGCUCUUUCUAAGCCUAACAUUUCUAAUGGGUUUCAUAGGAUAGUCAAGAGUUUAAAGACUUUCUCUCAAUUAUUUGUGUAUGAAGAAGAAAAUGAAGAAGUGGAAAUGGAAAUAGGGGUGCCAACAGAUGUGAAACAUGUGACACACAUAGGAUGGGAUGGAGCAGCAAAUACAAAUCCAAUUCAAGGAUGGGACAAUUUAAUUCCUCCUGAAUUACUCUCUCUUCAAUCUCCACAUUUUCAUACUAAGCUCUCUAAGCCUGCACACCCUGAUCACCAUGCCCCUCUUGUCAAUUAGGCUUCAUAAUUAGACUCACUCUACAUAUUAAAUUUUAGCUUCAUAUUUAAAACCCCAAAAAAAUCAAAUUGUAAUGUGCUUCUCCCUAAUUCUCUUUCUCUUUGUACUUAUAUUGGGUAUAAAUAUGUGUGAUGUUUGAUUUGAGA